AACAUAAAAAUACAGGAACUGGGCCUGGCGCACAUCGCCGACUCCUUCAUCGGCGACGAAGAGACCCGCGGCAUCUCCGGCGGCGAAAAGAAGCGCGUCUCCAUCGGCGUCGACAUCAUCCACAACCCCCCCAUCCUUCUCCUCGACGAACCCACCUCCGGUCUCGACAGCUCUUCUGCCCUCCAACUCAUCCACCUCCUCACCUCCCUCUCCGCCCAAAAAAAUCAAAUUUUGAUCCUCACCAUCCACCAACCAAGCUACCGAAUCCUCAAACACAUCUCCACUUUCCUCCUCCUCUCCCGCGGCAGAGCCGCCCACUUCGGCAAUCUCUCAUCCCUCAAAACCUCCAUCUCCAACCUCGGCUUCACCAUCCCCCGCCAACUCAACCCCUUAGAACUGGCAAUGGAGAUCAUCCUUCAGUUAGAAGAGCAGUACAAUUCCCCCAAUCAAUUCACCGAUUUAGAUCUCUCCAAUCAACAUCCCCAACACCCCUCCGUAAUCAAAAAGCGCAAAAACUACAUCUCCAGGUUCGAUGAAGUGGGUUCACUCUCAUGGAGGUUUUGGAAAAUCAUGUACAGAACAAAACAGCUUUUUUUAGCCAGAACAGCGCAAGCCAUCGUGGGAGGCUUCAGUCUCGGCAGCGUUUACCUUAGACUGAAAGCAGACGAGGCCGGAGUUGCAGAGAGGCUCGGAUUCUUAGCCUUCACCCUCAGCUUCCUCCUCUCCUCCACUGUUGAAGCUCUGCCCAUAUUCUUACAGGAGCGCAGAGUUUUAAUGAGAGAGUCUUCCAGAAAAAUGUACCGACUUUCUUCAUACAUGAUAGCCAAUGCAGUUGUCACCAUUCCUUUCUUGCUCGUGGUGGCCAUCCUCUUCGCAGUUCCUGCUUACUGGCUGGUUGGUUUAAACCCAAAUGUCUACGCUUUCCUGUUCUUUAUAAUGGCGGUAUGGCUGAUAGUCCUGAUGGCGAGCUCCCUGGUUCUGUUUCUGAGCGCGGUGGCGUCUGAUUACGUGGUGGGGAACUAUUUAAUCUGCGUUUUUUUAGGGUUUUUCUUUUUGUUUUCUGGGUAUUUUAUAGGGAAGGAAAGCCUGCCAAAGUUCUGGCUUUUUAUGUACUACGCAUCGCUGUACAGGUAUCCGUUGGAUGCCUUGCUGGUGAACGAGUAUUGGAGUGAUAGGCAGAGAUGUUUUAAAUGGUUGGGAGGAGAGCAGGGGACGGUUUGUUUGAUGAACGGUGGAGAUGCGCUGAGGAGCAGGGGGUUGGAGAAGGAUAUUAGGUGGGUCAAUGUUGGGGUUAUGUGUGGUUUCUUCUUUCUUUAUAGGGUUUUGUGUUGGUUGGUUUUGGUUAGAAGGGCUUCCCGGACCAUGCUUUGAUCAAAGUGUGGUUAAUGAGUUUAACCGGAUUAUGGUUAUUGUAAUUUCAUGUAUUUUUUUAAUAGUUUUGAGAUUAUCAUAAUUUCUAGGCAUUUUGGGUACAUACCAUCAACUUUAAAUGUUCUCAUGUA